AUGGACGACAGCGGCGCCUCUUCUGCGCCCUUGCUUUCCGAUGCGGUAGACUCUCAUGCCACGCCGUGUCAACGCUCCCGUCUACAGGGGAACUGGGAGAGUGACCUGCACACCCGUGCUGCUUCAGCACGGCUUCCUGCGCCACCCAUUUCUGGGUAUAUCAGUGAUAUCUUCCCGGAUUCCUCUGACGAUGAUGUUCGUGAUACGGCCGGGCCCGUGGCUGGCGGCUCCGCUCUGACUGCUCGCACUCAUAUUUCCUCUGACAGUGACACCAACGACAACCGCCUGGCCGACUUGUAUCCUGGACGUGUUGGUUUCUCCGGUGAUGCUGUGCGGUGGGCUCGCUUGCGAGCACUCGAACAAGGCACCUUGUCUUCCUUCGCGAUGGAGGAUGUGACCGUUGAACCAUCGACUUGCUUGACUCGUAUGGCAGAAUCGGCUGGCAGGGCCUUCGCAGCUGAAGCACGAAUGAUUUUGGUGCGCCGCAUUUUGCGGGUGACUUGCUUCCCGCUUCAACCUACGGGCGCCGGCUCCGCGGUAGCUCACAUCGGCCAGGCGGUCCGCUCCAAGGCCAGCGAUCUGGUGCUGGUCUUGAGCUGGCCUUUGCAUCCUCGCUCAGGUGGGGCGAGUCACGUCUGGAAGGUGCCCGGGAAGAUCCGUGCAUCCCAGCUUUCGCCUCAGCAAACUGGUGCUGUCUUCGCAAAGCUGGUCGAUGAUCUUCUUCUUCAGGUCUGGGCCCGGCUGGAUUGGGGCUGCCUCUCGUGGCGGCCUUGGAUCGGCGGCAGGAGCCAACAGGGGCUAAUGCUUGCCAUCGGUCAGGUCACAGGUGGCUGGAACGGUCUCGGGCUACUGGAGGCCCUGCAUCUCGAGGCCGCCGAGCCUCAUGAGGGGCUUCCGCAAGCGAUGGAUCGGGACACAGCAAGGAGUUGGGCGCUCAAGGGGCCUCUUGUGCCAAUUGCUCCAGUGCCGACCGGUUAUAGGAUAAGGGAGCCGUCACAGGUUGACUUGAGGGCAGCGCGAUGGCAUGGGAAGGAUAACCGGCACCUGGCCUUGAAGCGUUUUCACACACCAUCCGCACAGGGGGAACCUUCGGAUGCCACACCAGCCGGUAUCGAUGACCUGGACUGCGGAGACCAAACCGAAGCCCGCGAGCCCACUGAUCCAAGGCUCUUCAAGGUUGGUGUCAGGUGGGACCCGCCGGAGUUUUUCCUCAAGGCAAAGCAAGUUCAGCAUCCUUGCCAGCCCUCCAAGGCAAUCUCACCUUCACUGAGCGAUGCCAUGCACGAUGUUCUGACUCAGGACCCUGUGGCUCUCGCCAGGCGCCGGCUUCACGUGAUUCAAACAAUCAAGGAGAUGAAGCGGGUUCUGGCCCCUAAGAAUCUGCUCCUCUGGAGGGCGCUCCUGCAGGCUGCUGAGUACGACGAGGCAGAGGAUCUCUUUGCUGGCACCCUCAAGGAAGUGCAUCGGGGCGAUCUCUCAGGACCGUACACGGAGGAUGAAGUGACCGCCCAUUUUGGCUCGGAUGAUUGGCUCUUGAAUCCACGCUUCUGCAUCUAUCAGGGCGAAAACAGGAAGGUCCGUGUGAUUGACGAUGCCAAGAUUUCCGGACUCAACUCGGCCUUUGAGAGAUCCUUCGGGGUCGCCUUGAUGGACGUAGACUGCUUAGCGGCCCUGCUGGUCUCGUUGGCUCAGGAGAUCUCUUCUGGGCAAAGCAGAGGGGCCAAGCUGACUGAGGCUGCCAUGGGUCAGUGGAAAGGUGGCACCCUCGAUCUAUCGAGAGCACACAAGCAAUUGGCGAUUGAUGAGGCCAGCAGGCGCUUCUGCGUGCUUGGCUUCAAACGAGGAUCUGAGUGGGUCUACUUCCGCUGUGACGUGCGUCGGUGUUCUCAUUCCUGA